AUGGUGUUGAAGCUGUUGAGGAAGAAGAGUACAGAGGAAGCACAUAGCUUUAAUCAAAUAUCAUCUAAUCAAACUUCAAAAGAUCAAUUUACAAAGAUCGAAGCCUUAGAUAGUGAUCAAAGUUUGGAAAAUGAACCUAUAGUUAUAGACAAACAGGUUGAAAAAAGAGUGUUAAGAAAAUUAGAUAUAUUCGUCGUUACAUGGUUUGCUAUAUUCUAUUUCUUUUGUCAAUUAGAUAGAAGUAACAUAGGUUUUGCUCAAACGGAUGGAUUCAUUGAUGAUAUUGGUUUAAAAGGUAAUGAAUUCGGUAAUGCAAAUUCAUACUUAUAUAUAACUUAUUUGACAUUUGAACCAAUAAAUACAUUGAUUGUGAAAAAAGUGACUCCAAAAUAUUUGAUGAUUGGUUGUGCUUUUGCCUGGGGGUUAACAACUUUAAGUCAAGCAUUCAUUCAAAAUGCCGGUGGGUUAUAUGCUUGUCGUUUAGUGAUGGGUCUAUUUGAAAGUGGUAUUUUACCAGUAAUCUAUGUUUUGACAAGUACAAUUUAUACCAAAUCAGAAAAGACUAAAAGACACUCAUUUGUUUAUUUUAUUGCAGCUUUCGCAAGUGCUUUUGGUGGGUUGUUAGCUUAUGGAUUAUUGAGAGUUACUGGUCCGAAGCAUUUGGAAGAAGGUUGGAGAAUUAUGUUUUUCGUUGAAGGUCUAAUGACUAUUGGUGUUCUUCCUCUUGCGAUAUUCAUAUUCCCAAAAAAUUUUGAAACAUCAUGGUUUUUUAAUGAAGAGGAAAAAAAAUGUUAUGCUCAAAGAUUAAUUCAUUAUCCUGAGCUUUACGAGAAGGAUGACUUCAAAUGGAGUGUGGUUUGGGAUAUGUUUAAAGAUUUCAAAUUUUAUGCAGAAGUUAUAUGGCAAUUUUGUUGUGUGUUAAGUUUUUUCGCAAGCAGUACUUUUUUACCAACAAUCGUUUCAAGUAUGGGUUAUGAAGGUAUAAAAUCCAAUCUUAUGGUGGUUCCAAUCUAUAUGUAUGGUGCUAUAUACUAUAUCAUUGUUGCAACACUUUCUGAUUAUUUCAAAAAUAGAUCAAUUUUCAUGGCUAUUUCAGCAUUGGCAAUGUUGAUAGGUUACAUCAUAAUUUACGCUUCCAAAAAGGAUGGUGUUCGUUAUUUUGGAUGCUUUUUUAUGAUUAUGGGUGUAUAUCCUGGUACUGGUUUGAACAUGAUGUGGUUAGGUGAUAACUUGCCCUCGCAUUAUCAAAAAGCUGCAUAUAUGGGGUUCACAAUGGCACUUGGUAACACUGCAGGUUUAGCGUACGGUCAAGUUUUUAGAGACAAUGAUGCUCCAAGAUAUCAAAAUGGUAUCAAAGUUGGAUUAGCGCUUACUGCAGUUGCAUUGGUGGAUGUUUUAAUUCAAAUUGGUUACUACAAAUAUUUGAAUAAUAAAAAAUUGAAAGCUUUAGAAGAAGCUGAGAGACAAGGAACCCCAUUAGAAGAACAACCUGAACUUCACGAUAAAAACCCACACUACCUGUAUACUUUUUAG